AUGAACUGUGGCAGCAACACAGCGAGUGUGUCUUGGUCCGGCGGCAAUGGAGCUCUGUCCUUUACGAUGACAAUGCAGUGCUCUAAUGGACAGACGUACAUCUGCAGUACCAAUGAAACAGGAUGUGACAUCACUAACAUGGCAUGUGGACAAACAUGCACAGUUAAGGUAGUGGCAGAGGGACGUUCCUGCAACAGCUCUGCAGGCACUGGAUCACCUGUCAUAACAGUGCCCUGCAACCCAAGUAAUGUCCUGCCCACCGUGGAUUGUGUCACAAAAGCUUUAGUUGUAUCAUGGACACCUAGUGCAGGAGGACAGUACUACACGGCCACCUUGCAGGACAGCAAUGGACUGUCCACCACCUGCCAGUCUACAGGCUCACAGUGUAACGUGACAGGUCUCAGCUGUGGUCAGCUGUACCACGUCAAUGUGACGGCAUCAGACAGUCUGUGCAGCAGCCCUCCCAGUGCUACUGUGAACACUAACUCAGUUCCCUGCGCAGCCAGCUCCAUCAAGGCAGUGUUGGAUUGUCAGCUGGGUACAGCCACUGUGUCAUGGCAGUACAGUGCAGGUGCUCAGGGAUACGCUGUCUCUGCCUUGGCACCGGUGGACAACAGGGCUAGCUGCACAUCCAACAGCUCCAUCACGCACUGUGAGCUGAGCGAGCUGCAGUGUGGCAAUGAGUAUACGGUGAACGUACAGAGUUUGGGAUACACGUGCAAUGCCAGUGCUCAGAUGACUGGCUCCCUGAUCACAGGUCCGUGUGUUCCUCAGCAUCUGACAGUGCAGUACAGUCCUUCCACCGCUCUGCUGUCCUGGGAUGUCACUAAAGGUGGCGCCAACUUCUCAGCAGAGGCUGUGACCCACGAGGGCCUGACAGUGACCUGUGAGACCUCUAACACGAGCUGCACCUUCCCACACCUGGAUUGUGGCCAGAUCUACAAUGUCAGCGCGACGGCUCACAACAGUGUCUGCAGUGACACUGUGACUUCUGAUCCUAUCAAGACAGAACCCUGUCCUCCUCAGAAUGUCAAAGCUAGCCUAAACUGCGCCACCCUUAGUGCUGCUGUCUCCUGGGAGCCUAGUCAUUUGGCAGUGGGAUAUGUUGCAUUCCUGGAAGGCGGAAAUGGUCAUUCCACUUCCUGUCGGACAAAUCAUACAUACUGCAGUGUACCUGAUCUCACCUGUGGAACAGUGUACUAUGUCAGAGUCCGUGCCAUCGGUGAGGUGUUCAACAGCUCUGACAGCACAGGGGUCAACAUGACAUCAGCACCAUGUCUGUCCACCAGUGUGUCUGCCAUGGUGGACUGCCCCACAGAUUCAGUUCUAGUGUCUUGGAGUGCCAUUGCUGGGGCGGAGAAUUACUCCGUGACCGCUUUGGGGUCAGAAGGUCAAACAGUCUCCUGCUCAACCAGUCAGAACCACUGUAACAUCUCCUCCCUGCAGUGUGGACAGCAAUUUAACCUCACCUUCAGCUCUAUGAACCAGCAGUGCCAAACGACCUCCACCACCAAUGUCACAUUCCUGUCCAUUCCAUGUGUUCCUCAGAACGUCGUAUCUGAGCUGGACUGUAUGUUUAACUUUAUAAAUAUAAGGUGGAACAUCAGCCGCGGGGCGGCGUCUUACCUGGUGGUUGCCAAGGGACCUGAGGGUCCAGUGACUGCCUGUAACACAACUGCGCAGGAGUGCAGACUGCAAACACUGCACUGCAGCUCCUCGUACGAUGUCAGCGUUAUUGCAGUAAACCAACAAUGCAACACAUCAGGAAGCUCCAUCUUACGAAUAAACACCGUGCCAUGUGUACCUACUCAUGUGCAGGGCAGUGUAAACUGUACGACUGGAGCUGUAUCCGUGUCCUGGGGCCCAAGCGUAGGGGCUAUUUCCUAUGCUGCGGUUGCUCAGACUAGUGGUGGCUACGCCUCAGUGUGUAACAGCACUGGAACAGCAUGUGUCUUCUCGGAUCUGCUCUGUGGGAUGAACUAUAGUCUAGCUGUCAGCGCCACUGACGGGACCUGCAACACUGCACCGAGUCAACCAGUUGUGCUGAGUACAGUGCCCUGUAAGCUACAGAAUGCUAGCGCCCAGCUCAACUGUGACACCAACUCUGCUGUUGUAAGUUGGGAGCUCAGUGAUAACAUCACACGUCACACAGUCCAGGCUAUUGGUUCUGAUGGACAUCGCAUCGACUGCACCAGCUCCGACCACAGUUGUACAUUAGCUGGCAUGCGCUGCGGCCAGAGCUAUAACAUCACCGUCACUGCCUUGGAUGGAGCAUGUGACAAUAGCAACACACACCUUAUGCUGACGUCAGCUCCAUGUGCACCUAGCAAUGUUCAGACGUCUUUGCAUUGCGACAUCAGUGGUGGUGUUGUGUCCGUGUCAUGGGUGCAAGCAAACGGGGCGGAGUUUUACAUGGCCGUGGCCGUGUCUAAUGAUGGUCAUUCCUACUCUUGUAACACCACCACUGCCUCCUGUGAUCUGCAGGAACUGCAGUGUGGCCAGAUUUAUAAUGUCUCUGUCUACUCACUGGCCCAUGGCUGUGGAGGCGUGAAGAGCACUAUGUCUCAGGUGCAGACAGCUCCAUGUCCCCCCCAGAACGUAUCUGCCAUUGUGCAGUGUGAUUCAGGGUCUGUGCUGGUGAGUUGGAACCCAGCAGUGGACGCCAGCCUGUUCAUAGUUGAACUUGAGUCUGAAAGCACUGGUGCGAUCUUCUCAUGUAACAGCACAAACACGCAGUGCUCCAUCACCCAUCUGCCCUGUGGAGAGAGAUUCAACCUCAGUGUGGUGGCACUGAGAGGCGGCUGUCAGAGUCAACCAAGCAGUGACCUUUCCAUCGCCUCAGCUCCAUGUAUUCCACAGGGGGUCAACGGUACCGUGGACUGUGUCACUAACUCUGCAUGGGUAUCAUGGGAUGUAGUUAAUGCUGCAGAGUCUUACACAGUGCUGGCUGUAGGGGAGGACGGUCAAAAUUCCACCUGUAGCAGCUCAAACUCCACCUGUAAUGUACCUGACCUAGGCUGUGGAAGGAGCUACACCUUUCACGUCACUGCCUCAAAUGCUGCUUGCGUGAGCCCACCCAGCAGCAGCUUUCAGCUGGAGACAGCACCUUGUGCCUUGUCAUCCAUCGUGGUGGUGGCUGAAUGCCACAGUUCUGUUAUCAUGGUACAAUGGCAGAAAGCUCGGAGCGGAAAUUCUCUCUACUUUGCCACAGCAGAGGAUCAAGACCUUUCCAUCCUUUCCUGCAAUAGCUCCGCUUCUUCCUGCAACCUAACCAAUGUGCAUUGCGACAAGGAGUACACUAUCAUUGUGGCUGCUUCGGCCAACAAAUGCAGCAGCCUCCGCAGCCCACCCUACAAGAUCAGAACUGCACCCUGUCAGCCCUCAUCAGUACAGGCCAAUACAGACUGUCAGUCAAAGGAUGUGUUUGUGUCAUGGAACCCAUCAUACGUGGCACAGUCGUACCUACUUACUGCAGUUGGCAGAAAUGGAGACUUGAAGACGUGCAAUACCUCAAACAAUAACUGCACGCUAACUGAUCUGCAUUGCAGCAACAUCUAUCAUGUGUCCGUUUUAGCCAGUAAUGAGAACUGCACCAGCCUGCCCAGUGCUAACAUCACCAUCAAAACGGUGCCAUGUGAGCCAGCCAACUUAACUGCAACCGUACAGUGCGGGAACAGUAGUAGUGCCUCCUUGUCAUGGGUGGGGAGUACAGGGACGGUGGCCUACAUGGGACUUGCUCAGUCAGAAACCGGCACAACAGCCUACUGUGAAACCACACACACGUCUUGUACUCUGGAGGGCUUAGUGUGCGGCACUGUGUACAACUUUACAGUGCAGGCAACGGAUGGCUUCUGCAACAGUUCCUUGAGUGAACCUCAAACUAAGGGAGCAGCUCCAUGUCCUCCAGCUGGAUUGAGGGUUGUCCCUCGUACAGUAGUAAAUGAUACUCAGAUCUUGAGGGCGUCUUGGUCUACUGUGAAUUGUCCUAAUUCUGAAUACCUCCUGGCACUCACGGGCAGCAUUCAGGGCAACAACCAAGCACUCUUUGACCUCACCUCCUAUUGGACAAGACGCACAUUCUUCGAAGUGCCUCUCCCUUGUGGCUCCACCUACAGUGCAACCAUCAGUGCGAGGAACUCUGCCGCCACAAGUGACAAGUCUGCUGCUGUCACUGGAAGCACAGUGCCUUGUGCCCCUCUAAAUGUGAUGUUCUCUGCAUCAUCGGCGGUAGUGGCAUGGAACGAGUCACUAUUUGCUACAAACUACACUGUGUAUGGGGUUACUUCCUCUGGAAGGACGAAACUCUGCAUGAGCUCACAGCUCCUCUGCUCUGUCACCAAUUUCAGCAGUGGUCACAUUGUCGUAACUGCCCAAAACACUGCCGGCGAGAGUGAAGACUCGGUGCCUGUUGUAGUGACAGCAGGUCGCAGGAGGAGGUGAGACCUGGCACAAAGUGAGAAAGGCCUGACCAACCCUGAGUAAAUGCUUGCAUCUCAUCGCACUCAAACUCUUGCCUCUGAGAACUCCUGCACUUAUCUAAGAAUUCUUGAAACUCUGUGAUAUUUAACUUUUGCAUGUUACAUAUAUUCUGGUUCAAGGUUCACUUUUUUUUUAAAACAACAUUUAAGGGUGGGAUAGAUUGACUGGGUAAAAGAUUAACAUUAUUUCUUUUAAAAUGUUUUCCAAAAUCUGUUUUCUGGCUGUGGGAUUUACUUUCAUGCAAUGCCAAAUAUUUUAAAAAAAGGUCUUAUAUAAAUAUGUAUUCCUGUUUUUGUAUACGAGUAGUUAUAUUAAAUACAAAGAGCAUUU